AUGCUUCUAAGUUCCUCAAUAUUAAAUUUUAACAAUUCUUCCAAUAAACCUAGUAAAGAAUUUGAGUUUAAUACUAAAUCGCAAUUGCUCAUUUCCCAUAAUUCCUUAAGUAAUGAAAAGGGCUACGAAAUAGUCUUCCUUCCAAGUCCCACUAACCCUUUAGAACCUGAUUAUUUUGUUUUUAGCAAUAAUAAAUUUUACAGGCUCCAGGGAAUAAAACCAAACGUUAACCGUGUAAGUGUGUUUGUUGAUCAUAUUUUAACUUCACCUGACUUAAUAGCCGCCACCUUCGAUUUUGAUGUCUUAUUCAUCUUUAUCUCAAUUCUGUAUCAAAACAAAAACAAUUACUUAACCAUGGCCUCCAGGAUAAUUGAGUUCUACUCAGGAAAAUCCGCCGACUACACAUUGAGCAACCUUCAGUCUUCUGUAAUGUAUUUGUGGCAAAAUAACGUAAAUAAGGUGAAGGAUAGGAUUAAAUAUCUGUGUGACGUAAUGGAAUCUCAAGGUGUGAAUGAGUUACUCCUGAAGCCAAACGAUAUGAAAUUUACACAUUUGCUUAAAUUUAAGGUUAACAAUAUGGUUAAAUACGUUGUUGACAAUAAUAUCACAAUCUCAUCAUACUCGAAUGUAGAAACCACUAAAUCAGAAGACCUUCGUAAAAAUUUAGUCACAAUUGAUGAGGGCAAGUGCAGAAGAUUCUGCUGGUCAAUUGUAAAAUCCCUAUUAUCUCCAGAAUCUUCUCGCCAUAUUAUACCAUCUGAUAUUCUGAACUCGAUUUCUAAACCCAUCAUAGUUGAAAAGAACCCUCAAAUAAUCACUACAAGGUCGAAACGACAUAAAAUCAACCACGUCCCCAAGGGGACUUCAUCCAUCACUUCUUUUUUCAAACCAAAGUAA